AGUUCCCAACCACCAUCAUAGACCUUGACAGCCCUCUCACCCUCUUGAAAAUCCCUGAGGAUGGGAAUGAAUUGCCUGAAAACAAACCUAGAGCCUUUCUUCCUAACUCCAGUGUGAAGGGUGCAAUCUUUGUGGAUAGGGGAGUUGUACUUCACCCUUCCAGAGUUUCCGUAGCACCCGCUGGUGCCACAAAAUCACUGAAGACUCCCUCUGGCAUUGUCAAGGGACAUGCCCAUAGACAAAGGACUUUGACUCUGUUGAAAGGGGUUUCCACUCAGAACUUUGGUCCUACCCACUCUUUGCAAUUGAUGGAGCAGCAAAAAAUACUCCUUAAACCAGGACCCCAUGGGCUACCUGGGCCACCAGGUUUGCCAGGCUGUCCAGGGAGAAAAGGAGCAAUGGGACCAAAGGGAGAGAAGGGAUACCCUGGUGGAAUUGGACGAACAGGUCCUACUGGGGAUCCAGGGCAUCCUGGAGUACCUGGGGUCCCAGCUGUUGUUCUCUGGAAGAACUCAAAGGAGGAUUGGCUGUCAUUUACUCAAACCUCAUUUUAUCAGCUUCUUCGUGCGGGCUGGCCAAGCCAGCCUGGACCUCCUGGACUACCUGGUCACCCAGGAAAGCCAGGAUUGCCUGGACCUCCUGGACAUCCAGGGGAGUCAGGUGUAAAAGGAUGGAUUGGAUACCCGGGUGAACCAGGGCCACCAGGCCUUCCAGGUCAUGCUGGGUUUCCUGGUUCAGAUGGACUUCCCGGCACAGAUCAAAAGCCCGGACAACCUGGUGUCCAAGGUGAACAGGGUCCACAAGGAUUUAGGGGAGACUGGGGGCCUGCUGGAGACAGAGGAGAUGAGGGUUUUCUGGGAGAUCCCGGCCCUCCUGGAGAAAAAGGAGAAAAGGGGGCAAAGGGGGUCAAAGGAGAAUGCGGACCUUCUGGACCUGUUGGGCUCCAGGGUUUGAUGGGCCCUAAAGGUCUUCAUGGUUUUCAGGGUCUCCCUGGGCCAAAGGGAGAUGCCGGCUCCAUGGGCUGUUCAGGACCUGCAGGGCCUGUGGGUGAGCUGGGGCAGCCAGGACUGACUGGAAUGCAAGGAGUUAAUGGCUCCCAGGGAGAAACGGGGCCUUCAGGCCUGCCAGGCCCACCAGGCUCUCAGGGCCCACAAGGCUUAGAAGGGAGGCAUGGGUCCAAAGGACUCAGGGGAUUACAGGGUCGCUUUGGGAGAGAAGGACCCCCUGGAGCCAAGGGACACCCAGGAGAAAGUGGUCUUUCUGGCCUUAGAGGGGUGCAUGGACAAGACGGCCUAAUGGGGUUGACCGGGAGCCAGGGCCCUCAAGGACCCCCUGGGGACCAUGGGAGCAAAGGACCAAAGGGAAUAAAAGGGGAUCUGGGACCCAAAGGUGACCAGGGUACGUUUGGCCUCCAAGGGACCAGGGGACUUCCAGGGGUUCGAGGUGCUUCAGGGCUUCCAGGGUUUCCAGGGGCCAAAGGAGUAGCUGGACCUCAGGGACCUGAAGGAGAGGAAGGGCAACUUGGUCCCCCUGGUCAAAAUGGCACAGAAGGUGCAAAGGGCAAUCGGGGUCCAGAUGGUGCAAAAGGAAGGCCAGGACAACGAGGAAAGCGGGGCCGGAUGGGCCAGCAUGGGCUUGUUGGAAUGCCAGGACCCCCAGGCUUGCGAGGCGUUCCUGGGAUUGAUGGUCCAGAAGGAAAGCCUGGUACACAGGGUGUUGGUGGUGCUGUGGGGAGCUCUGAUCAACACGGUCCGAUUGGCUUUGUGGGCUUUCAAGGUGACAGGGGACAUGAUGGACCUCCUGGAUCAAUGGGCUGUCCCGGAAAAACAGGGGUCAACGGAGAACCAGGUUCACCAGGACUGAGGGGCCUUCCUGGCAAACCUGGUCUAGAGGGGCUGCAAGGGAUUGUUGGCAUCAACGGCUAUCCAGGAUCAUUUGGCGACAGAGGAAAACCUGGUCCCAGGGGCAAAAAGGGAGAGCCUGGAAUCCGAGGCCCCACUGGAUUUCCAGGAAGAUCUGGUUCCAAAGGUCCACCAGGGCCAUCUGGCAUGAAAGGCCUUCCUGGCCCACAGGGCAGAAUGGGAGAUGUGGGCCCCAGGGGAUUUCCUGGAACCUUGGGACUUCCUGGUCUACAUGGACAAAAUGGCAUCCCAGGAAAGCCAGGACUAGCAGGACAGGCGGGGUCCAUUGGUCCAGUGGGAAUGACUGGUCCACUAGGGUGCCCGGGAAGAGAUGGGCCAGCGGGUCUAGAGGGGCCCAUUGGAGAGAAAGGAGAAAAGGGUGCCUCUGGAGGCCCUGGUGCAGCUGGUGUCAGUGGGCUAGAUGGAGAGCAGGGUGUCCCAGGCAUACCUGGAGUGGAAGGUCAACCUGGGUUAAAAGGGGAACAGGGUAACAAAGGAGCCCCAGGGGCCACAGGUGUUCAAGGUGACAUUGGAGAGACUGGAGAGAAGGGCCCAGAAGGGCAGCCUGGUGGAUAUGGAGAGCUGGGGAAAGAGGGUGACGAUGGAGACCCUGGAAAUCCGGGAGAUCCAGGACCAAAGGGGAAAAAGGGCAGCGCUGGCAGCAGAGGACCUUCAGGGCUGCCUGGGCCACGUGGUACUAUGGGGCCAGUUGGUGGAAAGGGUCGCAGAGGAGAAAAGGGACAAGAAGGUUUCUUGGGCCAAGCAGGCAUAGCUGGAACUGCAGGACCUGGAGGAGCAAGAGGAGCACAGGGUGAAAUUGGAGUCCAGGGGCUUCCAGGAUUGGAUGGUCCUGAAGGAAUGAAGGGAAAGCCAGGACCUCAUGGUGCGAUUGGACCAAGUGGUGCUACAGGACUGGUGGGCUUCCCAGGAGAUGAUGGGAGGAAGGGAGAUCAGGGCAAGCCAGGUCCUUCUGGUGCAGCAGGCCCUAUGGGUAUCAAGGGUGUUCAAGGUCUCCAGGGUUUUGAUGGCCAGGAAGGAUCGAAAGGUGAUAUAGGUGGGAAAGGAGAGCCUGGCCCAAAGGGCGAUUGUGGUCCCCCUGGUAAAACUGGAGCAGCAGGGCUAGUUGGUCUUGAUGGGCCCCCAGGCAAGAAAGGAGAUCUGGGACAGGAAGGGGCAUCAGGCCAACAGGGGCCUCUAGGUCUACCAGGUCCGGCUGGUCAGAAAGGCCGUAAAGGAGAAAAGGGGCAGCGUGGAUAUGAUGGGCAUCCCGGGUUCCCUGGCAAUCCAGGCAGAAAGGGCAAGCGUGGUAAAGCUGGACCCAGACCUCCAAGAGGCUCCAAAGGCCCCAAGGGCUCUCAAGGUGAACAUGGUCUCCGUGGUCCCCGGGGACCCCAAGGCCCUUAUGGUGUUCCUGGGCUCAGGGGGGGCAAGGGAGUCAAGGGGCCCAAAGGAGAAAAAGGCAUCAAAGGCAUGAUGGGCUACCUUGGUCCCCCGGGGGAUAAUGGUUUUAAGGGUAAGCGAGGUCCCAUGGGCAUUCCUGGGAGGCCAGGACCAAAAGGGGAGCAGGGUGUUGUUGGCCCACGUGGUACAUGGGGAAAUGCUGGACACCCUGGCAUUCCAGGCACAUUUGGACAAAAGGGCCUCAAAGGCUUGGAAGGUGACGCAGGACCAAAAGGUCUACCAGGCCUGCCUGGCAUGCCUGGUGUUCCUGGACCCCCUGGUGCUUCACUGAACAUCUCCAUGGAAGACUUGAAGCAUCUGAUUUAUUCAGCAAGCAAGUUGAACUAUGACUAUGUGUGGAGCCUCAUGGAUAGCUUGGGACGAGAACUGAAGCUCCUGGUAGAUCCUCCAAAUGGGACCAGAGACUACCCAGCUGCCACUUGCAAAGAGCUUCUGCUGGCACAACCCCAUCUCCCAGAUGGGCAUUACUACAUAGACCCCAACCAAGGCAGCCCGCAAGACUCUUUGGUGGCAUUUUGCAACUUCACGGCUGGGGGAGAGACUUGUAUUUCUCCUGUUCAAAACCAGGUCCCCAUCAAAGCCUGGUUGAGGGCAUAUGCUUUGGAAAACACCUUCCAAUGGUUCAGUUCCCUGCCUGGUGGUUUCAUGCUGGAGUACCAGGAUACAACCACUGUCCAGCUCCGUUUCCUGAAGCUUCACAGCAGCCUGGCCACCCAGAAGGUGUCGUAUUCCUGCAGACCCCAUCCAGAUGGGGGCAAGCUGCAGCUGGAAAAAGAAAUCAAGUUCCUUACCGACUCCCAUGAGCAGAGUUACGUGGCUGUCCUUGAAGGAUGCACACUGGACAAUGAAUCUUCUAUCAUUGACACCAUCUUCCAUUUCUCCACGGAGGACCUUACCCUUUUGCCUGUGCGGGACCUAGCUGUAUUUCACAAUGGGGACGUCUCUCAUCAGUUCGGGUUCACGGUUGGGCCUGUUUGCUUCAGCUAAGAUUGACUUUGAACAAAUGAGUGCAUCUUUCCUCUUGUGGAAGUAAAACUUCAGAGAAAAGAGAGAAAAUCUUGUACAGAACAAGGUGGCCCUUAAAAGCUACUGUUCCUAUUUAUGAGUUCUUUGUCUAAAGUUGCAUUCCUCCUGAAGGAUACUGUUUUACAACUCAUUCCUAUAUGUAAAAAGGUGUUAAUUUAAGU